AGCGGCUGGAGGGGGCAGCUCCUCGCUCACGUUUGUGUCCAGGUGAUUCGCUGUGUCCUCAGAAGUAAGAGGCUGGAGCGGGGGAGAUGCAGGGCAGUUUAUCGCAGAGCGACCGGCUCCCCUGUGUUCCGACUGCGUGUUUUGCAGACGGGUGUCCUCAUCUUCCGAGCUCGUUGGAUGCACGAGUCGCCCUUCCCCCCCCCGCCCCGGAAGCCAGCUCCCAUCUACCCCUUUGUCUAGAGUAGUCAAAAGAGCAUGGGUGUAACCCGGCAGGCCCCGUUGGCAUGAUAAUGGGAAAAAUUCUUUAAACUGACACAGUAAGAGAACAAAAACCCAAGCCCCAACACCAUCCUGUCCUAUGGAUAUACCCACGGACAGGACAGAAGAGGUGCUGGGCAGCCACACAUCAGUGGCUGUGCUCCAUCCCCUGGGGCAUCCCGUGCCUGGGGAGCACAGGGCUGGGCUGUGCACUCUGGCCUCUCCUGCAGCCCCUCAGCUCUGGCUGCGCUUGUUCUUUGCCAAGUGCAGCCAUGGACCGGACACAAGAGCAGGACCCUGCCUGUAGCCACUUCUGAAGGAAGAGAACAGGGUCAUGAGCCUUUGGACGAUGGAAAAUGGUCAUAUCUACACCACUGAACCAGUGCUGCCCUGCUGGAUUUGCUUGUGGAAAAGAAUGUUUCCAUUCCAGAGCAGGUGCCUGCCACCAUGAGGUAUAUCCACCAAUGGCUCAUGGCCAAUGAGUAUGCUGAGCAUAGGCUGGACAGGACUCUGCUGGAUCUCACGAGGCACAGCCCACUGAUGUGGUGAUGACUCUCCUGCAUGCGGCCCAACCGUGUGACAGAGCUGCUAUGACCAUGUGGAAGACAAUCAUAUCCUCGAGCAGGACUGUGGAGGCAGUGCUGCAGAUACUCCUGGAUGUGCUGGCGGACUGGCCAGAGCACAGCACGUGCACCUCUGAUGGGGACAGAACAGAUGUCUUUUCCCUGGCUGCAACUGUGGUGAUGUGGGAGAUCCUCCAGGUGCCCUGCCAGUCGCAUAUAGUGGUGAUGUAUUUCCCCCACCUAUUUGUGCAUCUGCUCUUCCAAGUGUUCUUUAGCACUCUGGAUAUGCCAGAGGAGAUCAAGAUCUUGUGGAAUGGAUGCCAAGAAGAACACGGCCUUGCCACUAGCCCCAACAGGUUUGCAGUGCGGACCCUGAAGUCCUUGCUCUGCUUUCUCCAGUAUGGGGAUGUGGUGAUGGCCAUGGAUUGCAAGCAUGGCUGGGACACGCUGCUCUGUGUUGACACCCACCACUAUGCCGUGGGUCUGCUGCCCGGGGAGAUGCGUCAUGCUUCUAUAGGGCUGUGUUCCAGUAUUGCACUCCACCUACUGCAGGUGCUCAGCACACAGGAGCUAUGCUGGGAUCUUCCUGCCAUGGCAUUACUUGUGAAGGUCCUUAAGUGCCUGGGCCCACGUGAAUGUGGUGGCAGUGUUGUAAAGAUUUCAUCGAGGUACCUGCAAAGCAAGUGCAGGGAGAGGCACUGCCUGGUGUUCAGGACCCUUCUCAAGCUCAUUGACGAUCCCUCAAUGGAUGAUCCCCAGGUGCAGCUGCUCUCCAUAAGGCUCUUCCAAGAUAUGAUGGAAUAUUUCAUGGAAGAGAGAGCAAAGCUUUUGGAAAAUCCAGUGCACCAGAGUAUCCUCCCACUGUUCUUCCACUACCCUGAUAAGAAUCCGCAUGUGGCAGAGGCUUCUUGGGAAACGCUGCUUUGUGCGGCCAAAUUCCUCAAGAAGAGGGAUCUCAAAAAUCUGGUGAAGGAGGAGAAACUUUGGAAGCUUGCCGAGUGCCUGCUGGCAGAGGACAGGAGCCGAGCGGCCGAGCACCUGCGCCAGGCGCUGCCGUACCUGCAGAGCCCACAGGAGCCCCUGCGAGAGGCGGCCGUCAGGUUCACGGGUGAGCCCGGGCUCCCUCCCCGCCCCGGCAGCUUCUGCCAUCCGGGCCCGACGCCGUGGAGCCCCGGCUGCCCUCGGGGCUGCUGCCGCCCUCCCGCAGCCGUGCCCUGGGGUGCCAGCAUGCGUCAAGGGCCGGGCUGA